UGUGAAUGUUUUGUAUUUAAAUUGGUGAUAAUUUUAAGACUUGUAUUGUAAUUUAACUAACUGAGCUCUCAAAAUUGACAAGAAAAAGAGUUUACUUGUGAUGGUGUUUCUGGUGCCAUUUAAAACAUUUGCUCCGUCCAUUUUUCAAUAGUAUUCAGGUUAAUAUUGUGGGCAGCCGAUUCAUCAUCUAUCCAAGACUCAAACGGCAAUCAUGGGUUUUCUUCAGUCUCAAUCAAGAUUUAUCCUAGUUUUACAAAAGAAAAGAUUCUUUGAAAUCCACAAAGCUUUCUAUUCAACCAACCGUAAACGAUUCUACAAAGAUGUUUCAGUUAUAAAUAAUGACGGGUUAUACGAGAUCUGUUUAGAUGGUAAACGUAUAAAGACCCCAUUUAACAACGUAGUUCAGGUUAAAUCACAUUAUUUAGCCUUGAUGUUAGCCAAUGAAUGGAAGUACCAGAAAGAUACUAUUAAAUCAUAUGAAAUGCAUUUAACAAAUUUAACCAACUGUGCCAUUGAUAAUCCUGAGCAUCACACCAAAGAAUCGCUUACAAGAUCCAUCUUGGAAUUUUUGACUACUGAUACAAUUUGCUUUCGAUUCCGUGAACCAAUUGAUUUAUAUAAACUACAAAGCCAACGUUGGGAUCCAAUAAUACAUUGGCUUAAAAAUCGAUACGAUUGUCAAGUUCCUCUCACUGAAGAUGUUUUCUUACCUCCAAUCCCAAAGCAUACCGAGACAACUAUUCAACGGCAUUUGCAUUCUUAUGAUCUUUGGUCACUUUUUGGUAUCCAAUCAAUAGCCGAAUCCCUGAAAUCAGUAAUACUUGCUCUGGCUCUCAUCGAUAAACAUGUACCCGUUAGUGAAGCUGUAAGCUUAUCAAGACUAGAACUUGAAUAUCAAACAAGUAUUUGGGGAAACGUUGAAUGGGCUCAUACAAUUGAACUAAUGAUGACUCGAGCUCGAGUCUCAGCCGCCUUGUUAUUUGUAUUUGCAAAUUCAGAGUCUUUCACAUCUGUAUCUAAGCGAUCCAUCUCUGAAAUUUAAAAGCACUUAGAGUUCAUUGUUAACAAUUUAGUGUGACUUCAUUUCUUCCUUCAUGAAUAGCAGACUUUGUUCAUCUAUUAUAAAUCCAAGUCCUCAGAUAGAUUUGAAAAUAUGUUAGUGAUGAUCCAUAAAAUGAUUGUUUAUAUACAAUUUCAAAGACAAUCAAUCUGUUUACUCAAAAGUGAAGUUUAAUUGCAUCUAUUUUUUAGCUUUUACUUUCACCAACACUAGUAUUUGAUCGCCUCACACAAUAUUCUGGUUGAGGUAAAGGAGGAGGGAAAAGGAUGACAAAAAAAAUUCAAAAGGGAGACAAUGAAAGAAAGUAAAGACAAAAAAAUGUCAUCAGUAAAAUAUUGAUGAAAAUGACUAACAUUACAAAAGACUCGCCAGGAUUCAUUGGAAUGGAACCAUGCAAAUGUUUUUUCCCUAAAUUACCAUUUAAUGUUACAAUUAUCAUAAAGAUACGUUGACAUCAUGAUUA